AUGAAGAAGCAGAACAUUCGGACCCUGUCUUUGAUCUUGUGUAUGUUUUCCUACCUGCUCGUGGGUGCCGCCGUGUUCGACGCGCUCGAGUCCGAGUCAGAGAGCUCCAGGAAACGGAUCCUGGAGCAGAAACGCAGCGAAAUGAAAAAGAAAUAUCGCUUCUCCGAGGACGACUACCGGGAGAUUGAGCGAGUGGUUUUGCAAGCAGAGCCCCACCGCGCUGGAAGACAGUGGAAAUUUGCCGGAUCAUUUUAUUUUGCCAUCACCGUGAUAACAACCAUAGGUUACGGCCACGCAGCCCCAGGCACGGACGCCGGGAAGGUCUUCUGCAUGUUCUAUGCGGUGCUGGGCAUCCCGCUCACCCUGGUGAUGUUCCAAAGCCUGGGCGAGCGCAUGAACACCUUCGUGCGCUACCUGCUGAGCCGGCUCAAACGCUGCCUGGGCCUGCGCAGAACCGAGGUGUCCAUGGAGAACAUGGUGCUGGUGGGCCUCCUCUCCUGCAUGGGCAUGCUGUGUUUUGGGGCGGCCGCCUUCUCCCACUUCGAGGGCUGGACCUUCUUCCACGCCUACUACUACUGCUUCAUCACACUCACCACCAUUGGCUUCGGUGACUUUGUGGCGCUGCAGAAGAAAGGGGACCUCCAGGAGAAGACCCCGUACGUGGUCUUCAGCUUCAUGUACAUCCUGCUGGGGCUGACGGUGAUCGGGGCCUUCCUCAACCUGGUGGUGCUGCGCUUCCUCACCAUGAACACCGAGGACGAGCGGCGAGACGCCAAGGAAAGGGCCUCGCUCAAGAGAGGGAGAGACCGGGACCUUCUCCCCCUGGGUGGCGGCGGUGGUGGUGGUGGAGGUGGGAGUGUUGGUGGUUCAGAGGCCCACUCUCGGAGCCACAGCACCCUCUUCCUCCCGAUGGAGGAGGGUACGAGCCGCAUCAACCUCAUACCCUCCCCAGCGGAGGAUCAGGAUGACGCUGAGCACGUCCAGCGUCACCCUUACUACCACCACCACUACUACCAUCAUCAGCACGAGCAGUACUGCACCCGGCGCCUGCCUCCGCCACGGCCCCCGCUCUCGCGGCACCGUCGCCAAAGGGAUCAGUUGGGGCCCCUGGGCGCCCUCUGCUCCUGCCUGUGCUACAAGCUGGGCAUGUGCGACAGCCCUCUGCCCUCGCCACACGGCCACAUCAACUCUGUUUAUUACAACUCCAUCUCCUACAGGAUCCAGAGUGGCACCCCGAGCCCCAGGAACAACACUGGUCUGUCUUCCCCGGGAAGCACACUCUCGCCUGGCCACAGUUUCCGGGAGUUCCCCCCUCGCUUGCGCCGGAGGUCUGUGUAG